CCAUUGCUGGCCCUGGAGAAAGCAAGCAAGCAAGCGCCGGAGGCAGGAAGGAAAGAAGGGGCCCCGGAGCUCUGCAAGGAAAGAGCAGCCUGUGCCCCCUGCCUGCCCCUCUUGCCCCUCUCGCCCAUGAAGAAGCAGCCGCCCUCCCAGAGUUGAUGCUCCUCCGCUCCCUCCAGCCAUGAGCUGCCUGGAUGUUAUGUACCAAGUCUAUGGUCCUCCCCAGCCUUACUUCGCAGCAGCCUACACUCCCUACCACCAGAAACUCGCCUUCUACUCGAAAAUGCAGGAAGCCGCUGAGAGUGCCACCAGUGCCAGCACAAGUGGGAGCGGCAGCACCAGCAGUGCCAGCAGCUCUUUCUCCAGCCACACUGCCCCUGCCAGCAUCAAAGAGGAAGAGUGCAGCCCAGAGAAAGAGCGCCCCCCGGAGGCUGAGUACAUCAGCUCCAGAUGUGUCCUGUUCACCUAUUUCCAAGGGGACAUCAGUGCCGUGGUGGACGAGCACUUCAGCCGAGCCCUCAGCCAACCCAGCAGCUACGCAUCCAGCAGCACCAGUGCGAAGGCCACUACAGCUGCUAGGAGCACCAGCUCUUGGAGGGAUGGAUCGUUCCCCAUGAGCCAACGCAGCUUCCCACCUUCCUUCUGGAACAGCACAUACCAGCCCUCUUCGGUGCCAGCUUCCUUGGGCAGCCCACUGGCAGCCACCACCCACAGCGAACUGCCCUUUGCCACAGCGGACCCUUAUUCCCCAGGCUCACUGCACAGCCACCUCCACCAGGGUGGCCCAGAGCCCUGGCACCCUGCUCACCACCAUCACCAUCAUCACCACCACCACCCUUACAUUGGCACACAGAGCUCACCCUAUCCCCGCCCCACCACUGUACAUGAGGUAUAUGGCCCACACUUCGACCCACGCUAUGGCUCGCUCCUUGUGCCCGCUGCUUCUGUGCGCCCCCAUCGUCUCACACCUGGGUCUGUGCCUACACCUGUCAGCCCUCAGUGUGAGCUAGGCAAAAGUGAGCCUGCCACGUCAGCAUGGACAACGCCAGCACCUUUCACCAGUCCAGCAGGGGAAAUGGCACAGAGCUUAGGUCUCAAUGUGGACACAGGUCUACAGCCUCAGGAUAAAGGGAAGGAUCUCUAUUGGUUUUAGACCUACCCUCCCAUCUCCUCUUCCCCCUCUAGUGAGAUCUCUACCUAAGUAGGACUGGUGGUGACAGAGCUGAAAUCGAGUGGAUUUGUAACAGCUUCUGAUCUUGGUUUGCAGCUCGCUGUUAUUCCUUCUGUGGUGGAUCCCUCCUGAGCUGAGCUGCCCGAGUCUGCCACAUGCAAACUCCAUCUCCUCUGCCCUGGCCCCAUCUUUGUCACUCAGAAUAUCAUGUCGCAUUUCAAGGACAAGGACAUGGGCAAUGCAAUGGGAUAUAACAGCUGCUUCAAGUUGCCAUUUCACCCAAGAAAACAAUAAGAUUUGGGGGGAUGUAAAGGGGUUAAGCACCCUCUCUUCUCAUGAAGGCUUAAAACCAAGCACAAUGGCAUCACAUCCUGAACUGUGGGCAGGCAAUUCUAAAGAGUCAAGAAGACUGUGAAAACCACUGAGUUUUGGAAGGAAAACUGUUGAUAGGAAUGGUAAAAAAACCUUUCUUUUCAAUUGUCAUUUUUUUAAAAAAGAGCAACUACUGUUUGAAAACAGCAUGGGAAAAUAUUCAGACAUUAUAAAUGGGGUUUUUGUCCUUUAUGGUGUAGAAAUUCUAAAACACAUUUGGGACUUCAGCGAAAAGAAAAGAAAAGGGCAAAUCUUUCAGACUGUAGUGUGGUGAUGAGUGGCAAGUGACUAGCACAGGCCACCUGCCUCCAAGAUUACACAAAUGCAGCUGUUCAAGAGACAACUGUUACAGCUCUAGGAACUUGACAACCAAGGUGGCACUUCUCUGAGUUUGGCACAACAAUUGUGUUGGAUAAUGCAUACAUACAUAUGUGUAUAUAUAAGAUUUUUAUACAAGGAACGUUUUAUGAUGAAAGAAGAGACCCUUCCAGGAAAAGGGAAUGAGAGAAGAAAAUCCUGACAAGCCAUCAGGAGGAACAACUGGAGAAAACAGGGGGGAAAUAACUGGAUAGACAAAGGACUUCUUUUAAAUUGAAUGCUCUCUUGUGUAUCUUUCUAGGGGGCAGGCAAUGUGGUCUCUCUCUCUCUCUCUUCCCUUUUCCUCAGAAGGGACAUGUCAGAAGUGUUUCUUUGUAGAAAAGUUGCAUUAAAGAUGUCUCCUUUCA